GCUGCUUGAUCGUUUGUACUUCGUGUAGUUGAUCGAUGGAGAUGGUGGUGGUAGAGAAAUUUCGGCGCGAGGGGACGGUGAGUAGCAAGGGUUGAGGUUGAGAUGCAGAGAUCGAUAACCAUGACUGUCGUCUACGGCAUUCAGGGCCUCAACGGCGAAGAAAGGGGAACAGCGGGUAAUUCAGGUAUCGCAGGCUCAGUUCCAGAGAUCUCACCUGUUUUGAGGGUUUGGAGAAGUUUGACAGGAAACCAUUCUGAUGCACACUCUGAUCUUCCGUGGAUCGCAGCCUGCGAGUGAGCUGCAACAAGCUUUGACGUUUACGAGAGUUCCAACAUGAUCGGGUAGCGAUUGUUACAGAAAGGACAAAGCUUGGGCAGGAGUGCCGUCUUUCUUCUCAGGUGAAGAUGUGGCUGGUCACUCUCGUAUUGCAUAAGCUGAGACAAGAAAUACCUGCCUAACCUGAAUCUCAAGGCGGACUCGAGAAUCUGACGACUUGAA